CUCGCUGGCCAGUGAUACCCUACUGAUUAGAAGAACCAUACAAGACACAAGCGACAAUCCGAAUUCCUCAGCAUAUUUUGCCUCAAAUCAUCAUUCUUCAGGAACACAGCGAUGGAACAACACGCCCGUCUCACCCUGGAAUCGGUGCUCGAGUUAAUCGCGGCGGACGAGCCCAAGGUGGAGAUCACGAAACUGGAUGAGGAGCCAGGAUCAGGCCGAGGAGACAAUUACACGUCGAUGCUUUAUCGAGUGCGAGCUAAAGGCCGCAAGCAGAUCAAAGAAGGAGAGUGGAUCCCCUGGCAGAAGGCCAUCAUAUAUAAGGUGCUUCCCCAAUCAAAGGCAAGGCGGGAAGCCUUCAAGAGUGAAUUGUUAUUUAGAAACGAGGUAGUUUUUUAUACAUACGUAUGGCCGGCUUUGAAUAAACUUCAGGACGGGAAGCCAGUCUUUCAAGGUGUUGCGAAAGUCUACUCUGCGAGACCAGACUUCAUUGCUAUGGAGGAUCUCAGAGACAGGGGCUUCAGGAUGGCUGAUAGGAGGGAAGCGCUUCAGCCGGAAAGAUUGAAGUUUGUCCUGAAAGCUCUAGCAGGAUUCCACGCAUUGAGUUUAUCACUCAAGGAUCUAAGGCCAGAAUUAUUCGAAAGGCUAACGAAACCUGAUACAGUGCAAGCAGUUCAGGAGGCUCUUUUUCGAGUCGAGAAUGAGGAUUGGUAUCGCCAUUAUUAUCGCGUGGCUGCCGACAAUGCCAUUGGAAUGGUUUUGGAAGGAUUGCCUGCGCACAUGGAAGACAGAAGAGAAGAAGUUAUUGAAAAAUUACAUGCCUUUUUGAAUGAAGAAGUUUUCUUUCGCACUAUGUGUGAAUUGGCUGCUGCCAAAGGACCGCUCACUGUUUUCUGUCACGGAGAUUGUUGGACCAACAAUUUUCUCUUUCGGGAUGGCAACAUCGCUACUUCUGAAACCGAGGAUGUUUACUUGGUUGAUUUUCAACUAUCACGAGUUGGAUCCCUGGCUCUCGAUUUAGCGAAUGUUUUGUAUUGUUGUACAAGUGGCGAUGUUAGAAAAAAACACAUGGUACACUUGCUAGAACACUAUCACGGGAACUUAAUGACGGCUUUGCAUACGUUAAAUCCUCAACAGCCAAGAGAUCCAUCCACAAUGUGGGAACUAUUGAAUGAGGAGAUGCGAAGAUGUGGUCGUUUCGGUUUGGGCCUGGCUCUUGAUAUUCUGCCCAUCAGCACGUGUGCGAGUGAUGAAGCCCCAGAUUUAUACGAAGGUGGAGAAGAAAAGAAAGACGGACGCAAUACUCGAGCACCGCCUCCAGGAGGAGCAGAAUGUACUCAACUUAUGACCGAACUUGUCUUAGAACUAAUAGAAAACCAUGCACUUUAGACCUGAAAUUUCUAAACUAUUUAAAAAACACUUCACAAGAGAAUGAAUUUUCUAAAUCCACGAAAUCAUAUUUACAAGGUGUCUACUCAAAUCCCGGAAGAAAAUUUCCUGGCAAUUCCAGCUUUAUUCCAGGUAUUAUUUCACAAUACAAAGGAUUCAACUAAUAUGCUAAAUUUGAAAAGCUUUAAAAAAUGGUAUUGAAAGAUAUUCUUUUAUAUAUUAGCAUUAUCGAAUAAUUAAAUAAUUUAAUAAUACUAAAAACAUAACAAUUCCUUUCUUGAAAAAGAUCAUUUUUCAACCCAGGAUGAAUUUUGAACUAAAAAGGAGAAAUUUUGAAACAAAUAGUAGAAUUGAGAACUAAACAAGAUCCAUUUUUAGCUGUAAGUGGAAUAGUUAAAUUUUCAAUAAAAAAAAAUAAUUUUCAUC